AAAAAUUUUUUCAGAAAACGAAAAAAAUAAUAAUAAUGAAAAGAAACUUUUUUUUAAAAUAAAUGUUCUAUAUUUAUGGAUUGCAUCCAAAUCUUCAAUGAAUUUAUGUGUUAAAGCUCAAGCAGAUGAAUAUUUCAGUAUGUCAUUAAUGACAUUUCAUGCAAGAACAGAUAUUUUUAUAAAAACACAUGCACAUAAAGUAAAAUAAAAAUCAACACCUUUUAAAUAUACAUUCAUAUAUAUUUUAUGAAUAAAAAUUUCAUAGCUGAACAAUAAUGAAACAAUGGAGGUAUAUUAUUGAACCCAUGUUCAUUUUUUACUAUACUGGAAUUCUUCUUCAAAUGCCUGUUAUUCAGCAGUAUAUUUAUAGUUGGUAUAGCAUCGAGUAUGGUCUUGAUUAUCAUUAUGAUACCCAAUCAAACUCUUGUACUAGCGGCAAAAACAACAUAUCAGAAAUGGCUUUGGAAAAGAUUGUUCAAAACAAAGUUUCGAGUUUUUAUGCUGGUUUAGCGUUAUGUCAAAACAUACCAUGCAUUGUAACAUUGCUUUUCUAUGGAUCUCUAUCUGAUAUUGUUGGUAGAAAACCAAUAAUGGUGGUGACUACAGCUAUGUCAACUAUCUAUUUAAUAAUUUCAACAAUAACAGUGUGGUUGAAACUCAAUAUUAAAUUUAUUUAUAUAGGUGCUUUUUUAGAUGGGUUUGGAGGAUCCUAUCCAGGACUAGUUAUGUCAGCAACUGCAUAUUUGGCAGAUGUGACUCAAAAGGAUAAAUUAUCAUUACGUCUUGCAAUCUUUGAAUCAGCUGUAUUAGUUUCUCUAGCAACCUCUUUUUAUACGAGUGGGAUAUUCAUAGAAAAAUACUCUUUUGUUAUCCCAGAAAUUUUUAUCACUUGCUUAAUAAGUCUAUCUUUUCUAUGGGCAUUGUUUGUAUUAAAAGAAUCAUUGGAUUUUAGUAUACUUGAUGAUGAAAAAAAGAAAAUAAAAUUUAAAACUGUUGUUGGUAUGCCAGCAACAUUAUUGGCAUGUUGGAAACGACAGUACUUUCAGAGACAAGCAUUAGUCUCGGCCAUUUUAUCACUUUCUUUUAGUAAUGUUCUUGCAAUUCAAUUACUCACAUUUUUAACAUUAUAUUUAUUAAACACCCCUCUUUGUUUUAAUGCAAUAAGCAACGGGUAUUAUAUUGGUACAUUACUCGUUACUUUAUCAGUUGGUAGUGCACUUGGUGUUAAACUUGGUCUAAAAUUUCUGCCAGCACCAAUGGUUAUAUUGAUCUCAUAUGGUUUUGGAUCUGCAUAUUAUUUUUUGCUUGCAUUCUCUCAUGAUAUAAAGUUAUUAUACUCAGGAUUAGUUUUAAAGUCAUUUUCUUUGCUUCAUGUACCAAUAUUGCGAUCUAUAGUUUCAAGUUUGGUCAUCACUACAGAUAGAGGUUCAAUUUUUUCAAUAAUGGUUUGCUUAGAUCAAGUAUUGAACUUAUUGUUUACUCAGCUUUUCAGUUACCUCUACAAUAAAAUUAAUCAAAAUGGAUAUUUUUUUUUUGUACCUGGGAGUUUGUACAUUAUUCCUUCAAUUUUGAUUGUAUUAUAUUGGGUGAUAACUUCUAAAAAAAAAGACGAUAAAUUACCUUUAAUAAUUUACCCUUAAAAACGAGAAAACAUGGUUGCUAAGAAACAAAGUCGUUUUAGAAAGGAGAAAAAAGAGUAAAAAUUAAAGUUUGUUGGAAAAUGUGACAUCAUGCAUAAAUUAACGAUUUAAUAAAAGAUACCACUUGAGAAUUUUUGUAAUAUAUAGUUUAUUUUUUUACAGUUAAUAUUUUUUAUAAUAUUUUUUUAUCCAAUAAAGGCUUAACCCUUCAAAACGAUACCAUUUUUAAAUUUUUUGUAAUAUAGUUUAUUUUUUAAAAAGCUAAUGAUUUUUUUAUAUUUCUUUUAUCAUUUAAUGACUUAACCCCAUAAAAGAUACCACUCGAAAAUUUUUGUAAUAUAGUUUUUUUGUUGAUUAUAUUUUUAUUAUAUUUCUUUUAUCAUUUAAAGAUUUAACUCAAAGAAGGGUAUCAUUUAAGAAGGGUAUCAUUUAAUCUUUUUGGGGGUUGAAUCUUUCAAUUUUUAAAAGGUGGCAUGUCAUUACAAGAUUGUAAUUUCAUGCAGCUUUGACACUUCCUAUUGUAUAUAAUUAAGCUGUUUAAAAAAAUAAUCAGUUUUGAGUUUAAAAAAGUAUUAAAAAUAGUAAUAAA